GUGGGUAGAUUUUCUAUUGGGAACCUUUGAGAUGUUGUAGCCAAUUUGAAGUUUGCAACUCACUGGUUUUGUUACGAUUUUAGGGGCUUUAUCUUAAGUUGGGAUCUGGAAGUUUUACGUAGAAGCUUUCUAUACUGUGUCGUGAGAAGUUUCUUUGAAUGUUUUGGCUCUUUCAGAUCUGGAAUUUCACGAAAGUGCUUACUGAGUUACUGUACAAGUUCAUGUUUCCUAUGGCUCUUGAGGUUCUGCAUCUCCUUUCUGGAGUUCAUUUGUAUCUAGGAUGAAGUGGUUCAAGUUAAGAACUUGCGGACCUUGUGUCCGUUCCGAGGUUCUGAUAGGCUCUAAGAUCUAAAAGUUUUGAGUAUUAGUGUCUCGUUUAUCUUUCUGUCUUCUUGACUCUUCAAGUUUCCGUUGGCCUAUCUGAGAUUCGAUGGUUUGAUAACGUUUUGCUUUGAAAUUUUUUGAAUUUUUGAAGUUUCUGUUAUCGACAUGCCAGAAAUCACGGGAAACAGUUUUCGAGUCUAGGAAAUCUUUACUCUCUUCCAGAAGAAAAGGGGGGAAAAGGAACUGAAGAAAACCUCCUCUAUUCUAUUUGUUCAUAACGGCUCUUUAAAUUGGUGUUCCGAAUUUUUAGAAUUCCGGAAGUUUUGUAAUUAAACCCCCGUUGGCUUCAUUUAAGUUCCUCCGUUUCUGCAAUUCCUUCUGUUUCAUCAAUCGAUACUCCCUCUCAACGUAAAAAAUGCAGCGGCCUCCCCCUCCUGAAGACUAUUCCUUGAAGGAGACCUCGCCCCACCUUGGUGGUGGAGGGGUCACUGGAGACAAGCUUACGAGCACCUAUGACUUGGUCGAACAAAUGCAGUACCUCUACGUUCGGGUUGUCAAAGCCAAGGACCUACCGGCAAAAGAUAUAACUGGGAGCCUUGAUCCGUAUGUCGAAGUGAAGCUUGGAAACUACAAGGGCACCACUCGCCAUUUCGAAAAGAAGACAAAUCCGGAGUGGAACCAGGUCUUUGCUUUCUCAAAGGAUCGAGUUCAAGCUUCUGUCUUGGAGGUUACAGUGAAGGAUAAGGAUAUGGUCAAGGAUGAUUUCGUUGGCCGAGUCAUGUUCGAUGUCAAUGAAAUCCCUAAACGUGUUCCUCCUGACAGCCCUUUAGCACCGCAAUGGUACAGACUAGAAGAUCGGAAGGGAGAUAAAGUUAAAGGGGAGCUCAUGUUGGCUGUUUGGAUGGGCACCCAAGCUGACGAAGCAUUUCCUGAAGCAUGGCAUUCAGAUGCGGCCACAGUAACCAGUGAAAGCCUUGCUAACAUCCGAUCAAAGGUAUACCUCUCCCCCAAACUUUGGUAUGUGAGGGUAAACGUGAUUGAAGCUCAGGACUUGCUACCUACUGAAAAGGGUAAAUUCCCAGAGGUUUAUGUUAAGGCUAUCCUUGGUAAUCAGGCUUUGCGAACUAGAAUUUCUCAGAGCAGGACUAUUAAUCCGAUGUGGAAUGAGGAUUUGAUGUUUGUAGCAGCAGAACCUUUUGAGGAGCACCUCGUUUUGAGUGUGGAAGAUAGAGUUGGACCUAACAAGGAUGAAGUUUUGGGGAAGUGCGUGAUUCCUUUGCAGAAUGUAGAAAGAAGAUUGGAUUAUAAGCCUGUGAACACUAGGUGGUAUAAUCUUGAGAAGCAUGUGGUGGUUGUAGAUGGGGAUCAGAAGAAGAAGGAGAUAAAAUUUGCAAGUAGGAUUCAUCUCAGGAUCUGUUUGGAAGGUGGGUAUCAUGUUCUGGAUGAAUCAACACACUACAGCAGUGAUCUUAGGCCGACUGCAAAACAAUUGUGGAAGUAUAACAUUGGUGUUUUGGAAUUGGGGAUUUUGAAUGCUCAGGGAUUGAUGCCAAUGAAGACUAAGGACGGAAAGGGUACGACAGAUGCCUAUUGUGUGGCCAAAUAUGGGCAGAAGUGGGUGCGAACGAGAACCAUCAUAGAUAGCUUUACUCCGAAGUGGAAUGAGCAAUACACAUGGGAAGUAUUUGAUCCUUGCACUGUCAUUACAAUUGGUGUGUUUGAUAACUGUCACUUGCAUGGAGGAGGAGAUAAGCCUGGAGGAGCUAGGGAUUCACGAAUUGGAAAGGUAAGGAUUCGUCUUUCUACUCUUGAAACUGAUAGGGUUUACACACACUCCUAUCCUCUCCUGGUUUUACAUCCCUCGGGUGUGAAGAAGAUGGGUGAAGUUCAGUUGGCUGUGAGGUUUACAUGCUCGUCUUUGCUAAAUAUGAUGCAUAUAUAUACACAACCUCUGUUGCCAAAAAUGCAUUACCUUCAUCCAUUAUCUGUUACUCAGCUUGAUAGCUUGAGACACCAGGCUACUCAGAUUGUCUCUAUGAGGCUAAGCCGUGCAGAACCACCUCUGAGGAAAGAGAUUGUCGAAUAUAUGUUGGAUGUUGACUCGCAUAUGUGGAGUAUGAGGAGGAGCAAAGCUAAUUUUUUCAGGAUUAUGGGGGUUCUGAGUGGGUUAAUUGCUGUUGGAAGAUGGUUUGAUCAGAUAUGCAAUUGGAAAAACCCUCUUACAACGAUUCUGAUUCACAUCCUCUUUGUGAUAUUGGUCCUGUAUCCAGAGUUGAUACUGCCCACAGUUUUUCUCUACCUUUUCUUGAUUGGGGUUUGGUACUAUCGGUGGAGGCCAAGAAACCCGCCUCACAUGGAUACCCGUCUGUCGCAUGCUGAUAAUGCACAUCCUGAUGAAUUGGAUGAAGAGUUUGACACAUUCCCUACUUCACGACCUGCAGAUAUUGUGAGGAUGAGGUAUGACCGUUUGAGAAGUGUGGCCGGGAGGAUACAGACUGUGGUUGGUGAUUUGGCAACCCAAGGGGAAAGGUUACAGUCUCUGCUCAGCUGGAGGGAUCCGAGAGCCACAGCUUUGUUUGUGAUUUUCUGUUUGAUUGCUGCCAUAGUACUGUAUGUAACACCAUUUCGUGUUGUAGCCCUUAUCGCAGGCAUUUAUGUGUUGAGGCAUCCAAGGUUCCGCCAUAGGCUUCCUUCAGUGCCCCUGAACUUUUUCAGGAGGUUGCCUGCAAGAACAGACAGCAUGUUAUGAGCUCAGAUCAUGGUGUGCCUGAAGCGGUCAGCAACUCUAUCUUCAAUCUUCUCCCAUUUUGUGUUAAUCCUCUUACACAGUGGUUGUGAUGGAGCUCAUUUUAGAUUUAUUUUCAAUUGGUGGCAGAUUUUGGGGUUCUGGUAUGGUGUAUUUUUUCCUCCCCCUGCUCCAGUAGGAAUUAUGAGAUACGUAGUUUAUUUAUGUCCUUUCAAAUACUUCUAUGUCAACUGGUUUUGUGUUUGUUAAUCAAUGCAUGUUGAUUUCUUCAUUUUUAUUUGAAUUACACCUAGUUUCUGCAAUCUAAGUUUUCUUCAUUAUUC